GCGCUCGUCCUCCCGGGGAACAGCCAAGCAGAGGCGGAGCAGGGAGGAGCGGAGGCUGGCCGUGCCCGACGUUCUGCCAUGUAAACCUCCCAGGCCUCACACGCCGCACCACAGACAGAUGUCGGCGCAGCCCCGGACCUGCAGAACGGUGCAUGGGAGAAUGGUAGAGAGUCCGUAAGACCAUGCUCUACACCAUGACAUGUUGGCUCCCGGUCCUGAUCCUCCACCUGGUCCUCCUCAGCCCCCCACGGGUGGCAGCCUGCCCUGCCCGCUGCGAGUGUGCCCCGCAGAUCAAGUCAGUGGUGUGUCACCGCAAGCGGCUCACCGCCAUCCCUGAGGGCAUCCCCACUGAGACCAAGAUCCUGGAGCUCAACAAGAACCGCAUCCGCUGUCUGAAUCCAGGGGACCUCUCCCCAUACCCCUUGCUGGAGGAGCUGGACUUCAGUGAGAACAUUAUCACCAAUGUGGAGCCAGGCGCCUUCAGCAACCUGUUCAACCUGCAGACUUUGCGGCUGCGGGGGAACCAGCUCAAGCUCAUCCCCCCGGGGGUCUUCACCAAGCUGACCAACCUCACCCUGCUGGACAUCAGCGAGAACAAGCUUGUCAUCCUGCUGGACUACAUGUUCCAGGACCUGCGAAACCUGAAGAGCCUGGAGGUGGGUGAUAAUGACUUGGUGUACAUCUCCCAGCGAGCCUUCUCAGGGCUGCUCGGCCUGGAACAGCUGACCAUCGAGAAGUGCAACCUGACCUCCAUCUCAGCCGAGUCACUCUCCUACCUCCAGAACCUGGAGGUGCUGCGGCUAAGGCACCUCAGCAUCUCUGCACUGGAGGACCAAAACUUCAAGAAGCUCUACAACCUCCUGCAGCUGGAGAUCGACAACUGGCCGCUGCUGGAAGACGUCUCCCCCACCAGCUUCCAGGGACUGAACCUCACCUCACUCUCCAUCACCUACACCAACAUCACAGCUGUGCCCACCGCUGCCUUGAGGAACCUGGUGUACCUCCGGUACCUGAACCUGUCCUACAACCCCAUUAGCACUGUGCUGAAGGGCUCCUUUAAAGACCUCAUCCGGCUCCAGGAGCUUCACAUUGUGGGCGCUCUAUUAGUGUCUGUGGAGCCGCAGGCCUUCUCCGGCCUGCGACAAAUCCGGCUGCUCAACCUUUCCAGCAACUUUCUCUCCACUCUGGAGGAGAGCACCUUCCACUCCGUCAACACGCUGGAGACACUGCGGGUGGACAGGAACCCCCUGGCCUGUGACUGCCGCCUCCUCUGGAUCCUGCAGCGACGGAAGACGCUCAACUUCGAUGGGCAGCAGCCCAUGUGCUCCACACCACCCGAAAUCCAGGGCAACGCCCUGCGCGACUUCCCCGACUCUGUGCUCUUCGAGUACUUCACCUGCCAGAAGCCCAAGAUCAGGGAUCGAAAGCUGCAGCAUAUCACAGCCCGCGAAGGCCAGUCCGUGUCCUUCCUGUGCCGGGCAGAUGGGGAGCCAGACCCCUCCAUCGUCUGGGUGUCCCCCCAGCACCGCAUGAUCACCACACGCAGCACAGGGCGGGCAACCGUGCUGCCGGGGGGCACCCUGGAGAUCCGCUUUGCCCAGGUGCAGGACAGUGGCACUUACAUCUGCAUCGCCAGCAACGCGGGAGGCAACGACACCUACUUCGCCACUCUAACAGUCAAGGGGCACCCGGCCGAUGGCUCCCCCUACACCAACCGGACUUUGUACCUCAGCGAGUUCAAUGACACCUACCACAACGACACACAGGUCUUCUUGAAGUUUACACUGGAUCUCAAGACCAUCCUGGUCUCCACAGCCAUGGGCUGCAUCACCUUCCUUGGUGUGGUCCUCUUCUGCUUCCUGCUCCUCUUCGUGUGGAGCCGGGGCCGGGGGCAGCACAAGAACAACUUCUCGGUGGAGUACUCCUUCCGGAAGGUGGAUGGUCCCACAACCACCACGGGCCAAGGAGGAGCCAGGAAAUUCAACAUGAAGAUGAUCUGAGCCUCUCCAGAGGAUAGAUGUUGUCUGCCACCCGGCCCCAGGCACGAGUACAGCAGGAUGGAGCCGGGGGUUGCGGGGGCACCGGUGACAUCCUCGCUGCUUGGGGGCAUCAGCAGGGCCAGCACCACACAUACCCAGAGUCUGGGAUCAAGGACCCAGAUGGUCCCAGCCCCACGGUGACCCCACAGGGCACAAGUUGCCCAGGGGCCAUCCCAGCUCCGGAUGUAGCUGAUGUUUUUGCUACCAACUAUGCAUUUCUUGAAAUCAGCAGCAUUUCGACCUGGGAAAAAAAAAAAAAAAAAAAAAAAAAAAAAAAAAUGCUUCUUUUUUUUUUUCUUUUCCCUUUUUUUUUUUUUUUUUUUAAGGGACUCUGGAAAACUUUCUUGAUGUUGUUUAUGGUUGUUCUCUCAUUCUUUCUUUUUUUUUUUUUCUCCAACAAUUUUUUAAAAUGAAUUUCCAAAAGAAGUCUUCCGGUGCAACACAGGACUGGGGUUCCGUGCCAGGGUGUUCCUGGCCCCCCUUCCCCGCCCGCACAGCCAGACCCCAGGACACGGCCAUGCCACAGGACCUUCACCCGGGCAGCUCCAGCAAGGGGCAGCUGCAAAAAUGGGUGCUGGAGAUGCUCCUGCAGAAGCAAUAAUGACCACCCGUCCCCCGCGUACCCCACGCAAGGUGGUGGGGGAUGUGAGCAGGAAACAAAUGGGAAAAAAAAAUAAUGAGGCCACAGGCAUUUGAAUUACAAUGAGCAGUCGCACAGCAAGGCAAGGCCCCAUUUCAUAUCCAUCCAAGCCAUUCUCCAGCCAUGGCCUUGACGGGGGUGUGAGGCUGGGACUGAGCUCUGGCAACCUGGCGGGGAGCAGGAAUGGUGACAUCAGGCAGCAGGAUGGGGGCGAGGGCUGGGGCCCUGCUCCAGGGCUCCCAGGGCUGGGGUACAAGGUGGUGCCCACAUUUCUGCUCCUGAUCGAGGGUUGUCCCAUUGGCAGCUGCACGGGUGACAGUAGGAUGUCCUCAUAAAGGUGCAAAAGGCAGCUUUGGGUGCAGGCAGGGCAUUUUCUUUAGCUUGCAAAGUUGAAUUCUACAGGACAGGAGCUCUGUGACCUGCUCGCUGCCACAGGGACUGUCCCAGCUUCAUGUCCCUUGCCCUGCUGGUUCUUCCACCCCUGCUUUACCUCGGGAUGUAUUUUUUUGGGUGCAAGAAGGAGCAGCUGGAGAGAGAGCCUGGAUGGGACCCAGCAGAGCCCACACCCCCCCAGCUCAUCUCCAUGCUUGGGUGCAGGUUGCAGCUUUCAGGUGGUUUUAUCUUUUUCACCCCUUUUAAGUAUAUUUUAAGUAAAGUAGCAGAAGCCCCAGCUCUUUGGGGGGGCUGCAGAAAGGGCUGUGCCCCCUUCCUCGUCCCUGUGUUCACACAGGGGCCGUCCCUGUCCCCAUUCCUGCACGUCCCCCCUCUCUGGGCAGCCAGAGGUGUGCCUGAGCAGGGCUUACAGCACCCCCAGGCCUUUCGGGGAUGAAUUUUGGGCACAAGCUCCCAAAGGGCCAUGGGUUAGAGGGAACAGGGCCCCACAGCUUCACUCUGUGGGAUGCAACUGUGUCAUCCCCUGCACCCCAUCUCACUGCAACCCAUCCUGCCAUAGUGCCAUGGGCACAGCACACAUUUGGCCUCCCCGUCCCCCAGCUUGGUCCCAGAAGGAAGGGGGUAGUGGAGCCAACGACCACAGCAUCCAAACAGCACCCAGCCACGUUCAAAUCAGGCCCAGGCUGCUCCCCAGGGUGCUCCCGUGCCUUCCCCUGCCCACACUGGGGGGAUCACAGGGUUGGGGAGACACCCAUCACUCCCCAUCAUCCUCACCACAGGUCGCAUGCCAGGUGCCCCCGCACUCCCUGUGCCGUGCAUGCCGUGUCAUGUCAGGGGUCCCACCCAUGUCACCCCGCUCUGUCUGAUUUAUUUAUAUAUUUAUUUUACCUUGGGGGUGUGUGGGAGGGGUCAGGCACAAAACCUUGCAAAACCUCCAAAAACCUCCCACCAUUUGCAAAGGAAGGUUCUGGCAGUGCAGACCUGCACAGUUUUCUAUUUCAUGAGCAUGUGAAAUUUAUUUGUGGGGGAAUAAAAGGAAAAGAAAAACACAAAACUAGGAUUUUGAGAUUUUUGUUUGUUUGCUUUUUGUUUUUCACCUUUUCUUCCCCAUGUGCCUCCAGUAAGACAGCUACCUGCACAGUUGGUCCCUUCUAUACCGUUUGCAGGAUCCGUGCCACAGCCUCCAGCAAGACAGAAGGGCUCGGGCAGACUCCAGGCACCUGGAGCUCAGUUCGGGACAACUCUCUGCUCAGACUGGGCACUCACAAAAGGAUGGAGGUCAGGGCAAAGCUGCAAAGACGGAGCCAAAGGGAUUAGGGCCGUGGGUGAGGACCCUGGCGGGGUCAGAAGUGGGGGGGUUUGGGCUUUCCCAUCGAUCACCUGUGAGCACCACUGCCAGCCCUGUAAAACCCUUAAUAAAUGAUGCUAAAACAACUUUCAGAGGGUACUAAAGUUCAUAUUAAUAACUAAUAAAUGAUUAAUGUGCAUGUGUUAACAAGCUGC